AUGCCAUCACAAAAUGGUUUCCUCCAUCUGGCUCGUCCUCUUGGCCCCGCGGCCGCAGGCACGCAGCCUGCUACGACUCCCUUGAGCGUGGUCAUCCAGCCACAGGCCCUCUUCAGUAUCCUCGAUCACUCCACCAGGAGACCGGUGGAUCAACACCGAGUCAUCGGAACACUACUAGGCACAAGAAGCGAUACAGACGAGACCCUCAUUACUGUACACUCGGCCUUCGCCGUUGGCCACACAGAAACAACAGAUCAGGUCGAGGUGGACAUGGAAUGUCAGAAGUCGAUGCUCAGUCUACACCUUCGAGCGAAUCCCAAAGAAAUCCUCGUAGGCUGGUACGCGACUUCAUCAGAAUUGAACACGUUUUCCGCGCUCAUCCAGAACCACUACUCCUCACCGAACGAAGGCACCUUCCCAUACCCAGCCGUGCACCUCACAGUCGCCUCCGAGCCCGGCAAAGAUAUCGAGAUCAACACCUACAUUUCCUCACCAGUCGGCACAACAGACGAGCGUGCUGCUGAUUCCGCUGCAUUCAUCCCAGUUCCUCACACCAUCAACUACAGCGAAUCUGAUCGGGCAGGUCUAGGUGCCAUUUCCGGUGCCAAAGAUCUCGAGUCACGGUCAGUCACUAUGCUCACAGACAUCGAAAAUCUCGAAAAGUCAAUCGAAGACACACUCAGCAUGCUGGACCGGGUGGGCCGAUAUGUUGAGAACGUGAUAGAAGAAGAAGUCGAGCCUUCAACUGCUUUAGGCCAAUAUCUCCUCAACACUCUCGCACUUGCACCCAAGGUCGAUCCGAUUGACAUCGAAAAGGACUUCAACAACCAUAUCCAGGAUGUCCUCACAGUCUCAUACUUGGCCAACACAAUCCGCACGCAGAUGGACCUGUCUAACAGACUGGCCACUGCACCGUUGACACUUGGCGGCGGCGAUGCAGGCAACAAAGAUGGUGACAAGGGUGGCCGGAGACCGCAAGGCGAGCGUGGGGACCGAGGCGGCGGUCAGAACAGACCAAAUCGUGGGGAGAGUGUGUCGUUAUGA